GCUGCGCGCCGACUAGGAGGCAGCUGCUAGCCUGACCUGCUGAGGUGCUGAGGUGGCCGCGAGACAGGGCAGAUGAAGCCUGAGCAGCCUCAUGACAGUCACAGAUGCUAAUAAUGACCGUCUGUGCCUAGACCUAUGAAGUCCUGCCAUUGUCCACAGCACACGAUGUCAGGAAACCACACACCUUCUGCCAGUGGCCCUUUCUCUGCUCUGACUCCAAGCAUAUGGCCCCAGGAUAUCCUGGCAAAAUACUCACAGAAGGAAGAGUCCUCAGAGCAGCCAGAGUUCUGCUAUGAUGAGUUUGGUUUCCGUGUGGACAAGGAAGGUUCUGAGCCUGGAUGCAGCCAGAUGGCAGGCUCACCCCUGGUGGAGGACCCCCCGCAGAGGCUGCGGUGGCAGGCUCACCUGGAGUUCACCCACAACAAUGACGUUGGGGAUCUCACCUGGGACAAGAUUGCAGUCUCCCUCCCCCGCUCCGAGAAACUCCGUUCCCUAGUGCUGGCUGGCAUCCCACAUGGCAUGAGGCCACAGUUGUGGAUGCGGCUCUCUGGGGCGCUGCAGAAGAAGAGGAACUCUGAGUUGUCCUACCGUGAGAUUAUAAAGAACAGCUCCAACGAUGAGACCAUCGCUGCCAAACAGAUUGAGAAGGACCUGCUCCGUACCAUGCCCAGCAACGCCUGCUUUGCCAACGUGAACAGCAUCGGGGUUCCCCGCCUUCGCAGAGUCCUCCGAGCACUGGCCUGGCUCUACCCAGAGAUUGGCUACUGCCAGGGCACAGGCAUGGUGGCUGCCUGUCUCCUGCUGUUCCUGGAGGAGGAGGACGCCUUCUGGAUGAUGUGUGCCAUCAUUGAGGACCUGCUGCCUGCCUCCUACUUCAGUACUACCCUGCUGGGCGUCCAGACUGACCAGCGGGUCCUGCGCCACCUGAUUGUCCAGUACCUGCCUCGCUUAGACAAGCUGUUGCAGGAGCAUGACAUUGCCACUUGGAGAACAGCGGUCAUCAGGCCCUGUGGGCAGCCCCCUGCCUCUGAUAAGCAGACAGCUGCUCCGCCCAUUCCCGCCCCCCCCCGCAGAGCUGUCACAGCUGACGAAAUGCAGUUCUUCAUGGAGAUGUGCUCUGACAGUCAGCCCAGGGCACAGGUUUCUAGGAGGGUGCCAGGACCACGCUCCUUACUCUCCCACUCCCAGGAGGAAGAGCUGAUACAGUCUGAGAACUCAGCUUCCAUCUUCAACACGCUGUCAGACAUUCCUGCACAGAUGGAUGACGCAGAGAUGCUGCUGGGGGAGGCCAUGCGGCUGGCUGGCUCCCUCACCGAUGUGGCCGUGGAGACCCAGCGUCGCAAGCAUCUGGCCUACCUUAUUGCAGACCAAGGCCAGACCCUGGGGACGAGCACCACCACCAACCUCUCUCAGGUUGUACGGCGCAGGACCCAGCGGAGGAAGUCUGGUAUCACUUCCCUACUCUUUGGGGAGGACGACCUAGAAGCUCUCAAGGCAAAGAACAUCAAGCAAACAGAGCUGGUGGCCGACCUUCGCGAAGCCAUUUUGCGUGUGGCACGCCACUUCCAGUGCACAGACCCCAAGAACUGUAGUGUGGAGCUGACCCCAGACUACAGCAUGGAGAGCCACCAGCGGGACCAUGAGAACUAUGUGGCAUGUUUACGCAGCAACCGGCGCCGGGCCAAGGCCCUGCUGGACUUUGAGCGGCAUGAUGAUGAUGAACUAGGCUUCCGCAAAAAUGACAUCAUCACGAUCAUUUCUCAGAAGGAUGAGCACUGCUGGGUGGGUGAGCUGAACGGCCUGAGAGGCUGGUUUCCAGCCAAGUUUGUGGAGGUCCUGGAUGAGCGAAGCAAAGAGUACUCCAUUGCUGGGGAUGACUCUGUGACGGAAGGAGUAACAGACCUCGUUCGGGGGACCCUCUGCCCAGCCCUCAAGGCCCUGUUUGAACACGGAUUGAAGAAGCCAUCCUUGCUUGGAGGGGCUUGUCACCCCUGGCUGUUUAUCGAGGAGGCAGCAGGCCGUGAAGUCGAGAGAGACUUUGAUUCUGUGUACUCCCGCCUGGUGCUCUGUAAGACAUACAGGUUGGAUGAAGAUGGCAAAGUCCUGACCCCUGAAGAGUUGUUGUACCGGGCUGUGCAGUCUGUGAAUGUGACCCAUGAUGCAGCACACGCACAAAUGGAUGUCAAGCUCCGCUCACUUAUCUGCGUGGGGCUCAAUGAACAGGUCCUGCACCUGUGGCUGGAGGUACUCUGCUCCAGCCUGCCCACUGUGGAGAAGUGGUACCAGCCCUGGUCCUUCCUGCGUAGCCCUGGCUGGGUCCAGAUCAAGUGUGAGCUCCGUGUCCUCUGCUGCUUUGCCUUCAGCCUCUCCCAGGACUGGGAGCUCCCUGCUAGGAGAGAGGAGGAAAAGCAGCCCCUGAAGGAGGGUGUGCAGGACAUGCUGGUGAAGCACCAUCUUUUCAGCUGGGACAUAGAUGGAUGAUGCUCCUUCUAGCUGCUCUGUGGCUCCCAGGCCAACCCACCAUAGACUGCCUGGAAGGCUCCUCCCUUCAAUAGAAGGCAGAGCCCUGGCCAGCCUCAGGCCUCCCUCAGGCUAGGAGGUUCAGGGAAAGACACUCUCCAGAGCUUACUCAGGACCCAUGGUCAGUGUCUGGGCCUCCCCAGUUCAGGCUACCACGGUUGGCAAAAGCAUACACUGGUGGCCAGCCCAGCUGCUUUCCUUAACAUGGUCCUGAGGAAUGCCCUGCCGAAGGAAGCCCUGGGUGCCAGCCAUGUGGUAUACUAUACUAACCAAAAACCUUGUGAAGAGGCAGAGAGCUGGUCUGCUCAGGAAGGGGACCUUAUUGUAAAUAAACCUUUUAUGAGAGCAAGCCUCCCAUCUUUUGUUGAGCCAAGCCCUGAGUUCCACAAAAGCUACCCCUCCUGAAAUGGUCUGACUCUCGGGCCCUGGCUCAGUGUUUAUUUCAAGUACGCCUGAUGCAAUUAGGGCCACUAUGUGGCCUCUAGAUGCCAGCAUGGAAUAGAACCAGGACCCCAGCCAAACUUCUCGACCCUGAUGGAUCAAAUACA